UUCAUUUGAGCCUUUUCGUUACCGACUUUUUCGGAUCUCUUCAGACGAGCAUGACUCCAGGUUUCAAGAUUCAAGUUUGUGAUAGCAUCAAAUUUCAGACGCUGCACUAAAAGGAAUGUGAACAUUGUGAACUAGAGCUAAACUCAAGAUUUAUACUUCUAUCCAGUUUAAAUAUAGCUUAUAGUAGCCACUACAAUCAUAUGCACCAAAUGCAGAGUGCAGGCAGACUGCAGUGAAGGAAGUGCACAUUUCGGAUUUGUCAAUCUUUGUCUUUUCAAUGCAAGGUUUGGUUUUUUUAAUGUCAUUAUGACCGUGGAGUAAAGAAUUAAAAAUAUCAAGAUUGAUAGCGAGUAACUAAUAAUCUCAAAUUUAUACUGUCUUCCAGGGAAGCAGAGGUUAGAAAAACUGAUGUGUAGAAAUUAGCUUGUUUUUCGGAAAGAAAGUUAGGUUAUAAAAAUAUUACGAUAUGGCCAAAAGAACUGCAUCAUCUGACAUAAAUCAUGACAAUUGGGAUGCUCCUUUUGUACCAGAAGAAGCCGGAUCUUUCAAAAUUGCGGCCCAAGCUGCUCUCCAAAAGCGAGUGAUCAAAACAGCGAAACGAAGAAUUAAAACUUCUGAAAGUAGUGAUGCUGGUAAGUCCUUGUUUGCCUCUUUCGGUGGAUUCAAACCAAAUGCUGCCAGCCAAGGUUCGGACACCAGUAAAACUUUUUCAUUCCUGAGCAGUGGGCCAGUGACCACGAGUUCUAACACCAGUAUGCCCACUAACGGCACAAAGUUUGUUACACCCCAGCCACGUUUUGAAAUGACCAAUAGCAAUAUACCAAGUGUGAACAGACCGCAACAGAAGUACCUGUCUGAUCUGAAAGAACUGAACCAGAGUGUGGUUGCCUGGAUAAAGAAACAUGUAGAAUCCGAUUCGCACUGCAUUCUCAGUCCCGUAUUCGAAGAUUACAACAAACAUUUAACUAAAAUCCGGGCAGAGCGAGAUGCUGCAGAGAAAGCAUCUUCAGUAGUCUCGUCUACACCAGCUUCCAGUCUUUCAUCGUUCAACUUCGUGAGUAGCAGCACGAGUGACAACAAAUUCACUAUUAAUAUACCCACGACGUCGGUAGACAGUGAUGAAACUAAAAUUGUGUUAAACUCUACAAUGAGUUCGUCUGAUUGUAAAACAAGUCCGUCAAUAUUUGGAUUAAAAGGAGAAUCAGGAAAGAGCCCACUUCUGCAAGGAGCGGAGACGGGAACAAGCAAGACUCCUUCAAUAUUUAGUUCAUUCAAGGACAGCUCAACAACGGGAUCAAGUUUGCUGGCCAAACCUGAUCCGGCUGCGCUCAUGGUGAACCCCUUCACCUCAACGCUCACCAAACCUUUCUCAUUCAGUAACGGAUCUACACCAACAAGUUCCAGUAACAACCAGCAGCAAGAAAAGGAAGAGGAGAAGGAGGAAGAGGUAGAGGAAUCAGAUGAACCACCCAAGGUUGUGUUUACGCCAGUGCAAGAAGAGGGUUCUGUGUUUUCUACAAGGUGUAAAGUGUUCGUAAAGAAAGACAACAACUAUAAGGACCGAGGGGUGGGGACAUUGUUUAUUAAGAAGGUGGGGGAAGAAAAGUACCAGCUGUUGGUGCGAGCAGAGACAGUGCUGGGGAAUGUGCUGGUAAAUGUGCUGCUCAAUAACAGCAUUCCUACACAACGAAUGGGUAAGAAUAACGUGAUGCUGGUAUGUCUGCCGACACCGCAAGAUUUGCCACCCCCCACCACUAUUUUGCUACGUGUUAAAACUGAUGUUGAAGCUGAUGACUUGCUGGCAACCAUUGAGCAAUAUAAACAAUAACCGUAGUCUAUUUUAAUGACUUAUUUACAUUAAAUCAACAUUCUUAUUAAUGUA